AUGUCCCGCGCGCCGCCGACCAUCCACGCCUCCUCGUCAGCCGCCUCCAUCGCAGCGACAUGCGAAGCGCACGCCCUGACACCGGAGCAGUUCGCCGCGCUGCGCUCCCAGGCGUCCGCCGCCAAGGCCGCGGCCUACUGCCCCUACAGCAAGUUCCGGGUGGGCGCGGCGGUCCUGGGCGACGACGGCUCCGUCACCACGGGGGCCAACGUCGAGAACGCCUCGUACCCCGUGGGCACGUGUGCCGAGCGCGUGGCCCUCGGCAAGGCCGUCACCGACCGCGGCCUGAGGGCCUUCAAGGCCGUGGCUGUGGCGACCGACGUCGCUCCGCCCGCGAGCCCCUGCGGCAUGUGUAGGCAGUUGUGA